CCCAGAUUUCAACUGGACAUAUAACCAAUAAUAAUAUUCAAAUUGUAUUUUACAUCAACUAGUUGUGAAAGAAGUUGAAAAAGGAAACUUGUGGCUUUACAUCAUUUUUAAAUGGAAGAAAUGGUUUUAGACGGGGAGGAAACUGGUGAACCAAGGUUGACGUACUGGAAACCAGCUCCGAAACCUACAGUGACCACACCGUUUGCUGUGAGAAACCCUCCUUAUACAACUACAAUCGACCUUUUCCCAAUCCUCUCACACCAUCACCCCCUGGCUACCAGCCACCCUCCUACAUCCUUCCACCAGGCUUUGGCUACCCUGCCAACAAUGUCUACCCAUACAUGUAUAACCAGCAAUUGUGCCACGGGUAUGAGGGAGAGAGGCGAAGGAUGCCACAGUGUUCCCAGGUCAGCCCUGAGAGUCUACUCAAUGCCCUCAGCUCCUCCAAUUCAUCAGUUGAUCAGGACAGCCCGUCCGGAACAGACAGUCUGAUCCACGAUGAGGUGACGCGUGCAGCCAAGACUCUCUUCAGCAAACGGAACCGAACCUUGAUGCACUGGCUCAAACCUAACAUCAGCAAGAAUCAGCUCAAGAUGGACGUCAACGCCACAUGGGACUGCCUUCCCCAGUGUGAGAAGGUCUUCUACAUUUCCCAGGUUCUGGGUAAGUUUGCUCCCCAUACGACAAGCCUGAUGGUGAACCCUCAGUUGGAGCCUACAAAAAAGGAGAGCUUGAACAGUGUUGUGACAAAUGAGGUAAGUGAAGCAGAUGACAAGACAAACACCAGCUCUGACUCUGCGUGUCCAUCGGACGUGGUUAGGGUGAAGCGUACAAAGCAAGAGCCGAGGUUUCGAAGAGCCGGGGCCAGAGCCAGGAAUGAGCGGAAACCACAGAAGAGAAGAGCGGAAUCUAUCAGUGAGGACGAUACGAGCUGUGACUCUGGAAUGGUCAUGGAUUUGGAAGGAACGGAAAAAGCGGCAAAGGAAGUUAAGGUCAAGAGACAAUACAAGAGAAAGCCAAAAACAAAGAUUAAAGAUGAAAAUACAGAAGAGAAUUGCAACAGUUAUUCUCCUCUUCCAGUCAAAAUAAAUGACACAAAGAUGGAAACCGGUGCAGAACCUGGUGAGCCGCCCGUGGCGAGAGUGAAACGGAAAUACGUAAAGAGAAAGUUGGUUAGGAAGCAAUACAAGAAAAGGGAGCCAAAAAUCAAGACAGUUACUGAAAGCCCGCAAGAAGCCACAGUCAAUUCCACAGAGAAGCCAGAACAGCCUGUAGAGGAUAUGGACAUCUGGAUCGAUCUGAGCAAUGAUGCAGACUUGUCAAAGGAAAUAGAGGAGUUUGGGCUACUGGAGGACGAAGUGGAUAGUUUCUGGGAAAACAUUGGUGACCCCAACGAUCUCUUUCUUGAAUUGGAAAUUGAGUAACUUUAAAAGAUCAAAGUUACCAACACUAUUAAAUAAUAUUUAGAAUAAAUCUUAAAGUUUUAUAAAAAGUGCAAUCUAUAUUUUGCACUUGCAAGAAAUAUUACUAUACAGACAUUCUUUGUAGUCUAAAAAUAUAAAACUGACCUUCCAUUUGAUUGGUGUAAGUUGUUCAUUUUGAAAUUAAUAACUUGUAUUAAGUUCCAAUACCAUUGCAAAAAUAUGUACAAUAAUUUUGAACUAAAUAAGUAUUUU